AGAUGGAGUAAGAACUUGUCCUAGUCUUAAAAUUACAGCAUUGUUGUAUAAUGUAUUCAAGUGACUCACAUCAAGUAGGGCUGUGACAGAAUAAACAGCAUUACUCAGAGAAACAGAUUAUUAAUACUGUGGUCAGGAGUGAAGAAGGCAAGGAGUCAUUAGCCACGUUCUAACUAGAGAUGGGCCUGAGCAGCAUGAUUUCCAGCAAUCCAAAGUCUGAGUGCCUGGUUCUCUAGCUUGGACAUUUUGCAGUCAUUUACAAUAGUCCCAAGCAAGUGAAAGAUGCUAACAUUCUUAUUUGGUUAUCAAUUACUGUGCAAGGUGAUGGAGGACCAGGUUCUGGGGAUGUCUGGAUCGGGAGUUUAGGUUCAAAUCCAUGUCAAAUUCUGAUCGUUUAUGUAAAGUAGUAAGCAUUGGAACAUUCAGCAUCACUUAUUCCAGCAGUUAGCUUUUAUAUUACAAAAAAAUAGCUUUCACUUUAUUCAGCUGACACCAGUUCAUUUGUAUCCAAAAGGUAGAUAAAGUUGUGGGGCUUGUCUCACAUAAAAGGUGAUCUUUUAAGGAGGACGGGAGGAGGAAGUUUUAGCAAAAAUGUUUGUUAGUUUAUGUAGUGAAAUUCUCAAGCUUGCAUAACAAAAACAGCUGAGAUUGAAACUUCAAAGUUGACUUGUUUUUGUGAGGAGAGAGUGAGUUCAAGAUCUAAACAAAAUUAAAAUGGCUGAACCAAACUAUGCAUGUUUAACUUACAUGUGUAUUGGAACAUUUUUGCUUAAUUUUACAUGCUUAACUGUAGAAAUCAAGUUUAGUGUAGCCACUAGAUCUGAGAAGAGAGCCUAUUGUUCCCUGUAUUAUUGAUAUAAACCUCUCUGCUUUUUACAGUGUUGGACUAAAAUUGUAGGAGAUGUUCAUCACCAUGCAAUCAGAAAUGGAUUGCGGUGAUCCUCCUAAGAAAAACAAAACACAAGAAUCUGCCAGGAACCAGCACCAGCAAGAGGAGGAGACGAGUCUUGCAGAUACCCUAGAGCAUAUUGUGGGACAGUUAGAUGUUCUUACUCAGACUGUUUCCAUUCUGGAGCAGAGACUGACACUGACUGAAGACAAGCUGAAGGAGUGUCUUGAGAAUCAGCAGAAGCUCAUGCACAGUAAAGGGAAUUGAUUCCACGAGGGGCUGAUAAAGCCGGAAUUGUCUGGAGGCUUGGGGUUUUGUUUGUGUGUUUCUGAUACUUUGGGUGAAUCAUUUUUAACAGAUGGUAUCACUUAUUUUAUUAAAAUAAAAUGUACAGCCAAUGGCAUCUGUAAAUACACUUUUUUGUUACUGUAAGAAUAAAAUUCUUAUUUCACUAAA